AUGACCAACACCUGCAUUGCUAGAUUAAGUGACAUUAACAGAGCAGCAGUACCUCUUCCUCAGGGAAGGAAGUUCAGAAUCAUAUUCCUAAGAACAUUUUCAACAUUUGCCUCACCUUUUCUUUCUCCUUCUGCACCAUUCAAUUAUCCAUCCUCGUCUUUAGUCUUGAAUGCCCGCCUCACUCCAUCAGACGCCCCCCAACGCUCUGAUGAAUGGUUUGCUCUUCGCAAGGACAAGCUAACGACAAGCACCUUCAGCACUGCUCUGGGGUUCUGGAAAGGCAACCGUCGAUACGAACUCUGGCAUGAGAAAGUAUUUGCAUCAAAUGUAGUAGAAGCUUCUAAAAAUGGUGCCAUGGAAUGGGGAGUUCUCAAUGAAGCAGCUGCAAUAGAGAGGUACAAAAGCAUAACUGGUCGCGACGUGAGUUCCUUAGGAUUUGCAAUCCAUACUAAGGAGCAAUUAGAUUGGAUUGGUGCUUCCCCAGAUGGACUACUCGGAUGCUUUCCAGGGGGUGGGAUUUUGGAAGUAAAGUGUCCUUUUAACAAAGGAAAGCCUGAGAUGGGAUUGCCAUGGUCAACUAUGCCAUUUUAUUACAUGCCUCAGGUGCAGGGUCAAAUGGAGAUAAUGGACAGAGAUUGGGUUGAUUUGUAUUGUUGGACACCAAAUGGUAGCACAAUAUUUCGGGUCUGGAGAGAGCGCAACUACUGGGAAUUGAUGCAAGUUAUUUUACGUGAGUUUUGGUGGGAAAAUGUGGUUCCGGCCCGAGAAGCCCUUUUGUUGGGACAGGAGGAACAAGCCAAGUUGUACAAACCAACAUCGACUCACAGACAGACAGGACUCAUAAUUGCUAGAAGCAUAAAAUUAGCCAGCGAAGCAAAAUUGCUGUGCAAGGAGAUUGCUGGCCAUGAAUUCUUGUCUGGGCAAUGCGAAGGAGCCAAGGAAAGAAAACAAGAAAUGGACAUAUACGGCUCCGAGGGGCUGCCAUGGGCUGAUCAAUGUGACCCGGAACCUCUGCCUCCUGCAUCGAAGAAUAACAAGAAGAAAGAUGGCAAAAGCAAGUCGCAAAAGAAGCUAUUGAGCCUGAAAUUGAUGAAAAUCCUCUGCAAGAAAUCUCAAAAAUAA